CGCGUGAGACGGGACAUGGUGAGUAAAUCCCAUUUUAACUUCAAAGUGUCUGAGGGAGAAAGAGAAGAAACGAUUCUUCAGAAGAAGAGAAAAGAAGAAGAAGACUGUCGAACAGAUUGAAUCUGAUCUGAGGUCAGUCCUGUUCCGUUCCUUUCUUCUGACGCAGAGCGGAGAUGAACCAGGACGCGUUUGAGGUCCCGGCGAGGACCGAGUACCGCUACCUGGUGCAGGAGGAGGACGAGGAGGAGGUGCAGUACGUCCGCCACAGACACUACAUCAGCCCCUUCCUGGUUCUGUCCAGACGCUGCAUCUUCUUCAUCGGCCUCGGCGUCCUCGCCCUGCUCGCCCUCGCCACCUACCUGGCCUACGUGGCCCAGACGCUGCCGCCCUCUGCCGCCCAGGUGUCCACGAGCUGCGGAGAGUUCAGAGGAAGACACAACCAUGGAGCCUACUCUUUUAAGGGGAUAGCGUACGCCGCCCCCCCCGUUGGCGAGCUGCGUUGGGCCCCUCCGGCGGACCCGACCUGCCGGAGCAGGGUGACGGACGCCGGACGCUUCCGCAGCAUGUGUCCCCAGGUGCGUCCCAUGUCCAGAUCGGGGAAGGUGAUGGGCCAGGAGGACUGUCUCUACCUCAACGUGUGGACGCCCUCGCUGCAGCCGGACGCCAAGCUCCCCGUCAUGGUGUGGAUCCACGGAGGACACCUGCACUCGCUCAGUGGGGGGGAGCCCUGCUACUCCCCCACGGAGACGCUGGCCGCCAACACGGGCGUGGUGUACGUCAGCUUCAACUACCGACUCAACGCCUUCGGCUUCCUGGCGCUGGAGAUGCUGAGAGAAGGUUCUCCAACAAACACCUCAGGGAACUACGGCCUCAUGGACCAGAUCGCGGCUCUGAAGUGGGUCAAGAAGAACAUCCGCACGUUCGGGGGAGAUCCAGGGAAAGUCACCAUAUUUGGACAGAGCUCAGUGUGGACCCUGAUGACGUCCCAGCCGGCGAAGGGUCUCUUCCAGGCAGCGGUGGACAUGAGCGGCCCGUACGUCCGCGACGUGCCCCUGAAACAAGCCGAGUCCGACAACCUGGUUUUCCUAAAGAGGACGAAGUGCGAGGACCUGAGCUGCGUCCGACGUCUGUCUGUCCCUCAGGUGCUGCAGGCCAUCCCGUGGCAGGAGCACCCCUUGUGGGCCCCCGACGGGAUGACAGACCUCCCCACUAGAGGGCACUUCAUCGGCCCGGUGGCGGUGGUGGACGGAUUCGUCCUGGAAGCUCCGACCUUGGAGGUGUGGGGGACGAAGGGAGGACACAGCGACGUCCCUCUGGUAGUGGGGUCGACUGAGCAGGAGAUGGACUUCAGACCUCCGGCUGAGAACAUCUCCAGGUGGACGUGGGAGGACUACAGGUGGUUUGUGACAGAUAAACUCGAGCCCUUCAAUAAGACUCUCCCUAAAGAUGCGUUGGACCUGUAUCCGGUCUCUGGAACCUGUCCCACCGUGGACCGCUGCCCGGAGUGGGCGUACACCACCAUGGCGUCCGACAUCCGGGUCACGUGUCCCAACAAUGAGCUGGCAGGGUUGGCUGCAGCUGCACUGACGAGCCCGGUGUACCGUUACGUGGUGACUCACACGCCGUCCGGACCGAUCAGCGCCACCAGCGACCUGCUGCCGUUCAGCAGCCGCUUCGCCUUCCACCGCCUGGACGCCCUGGCCUUCUUCAGUGGACUGGAGUCCGUCCUGGGGACGCCUCUGUCCGACGGGGACAAGAGAUUCCAGGAGGUCAUCACACGUCACCUCGUGACCUUCGCCAAAACAGGUAAGAUGGAGAAGGCGUGGCCUGAGUUCCCAGCAGCCACUGCUCUCCUGUCCGGCCGCCUGUCGGUGACUCCCAACCACUCGGCCGCUCGCUGUGAUCUGUGGAGAGAGAACGGCCUGUUCGACUACGCCUGGCCGAACUGAGAGCUGAGGGGAGGAUGUCAUGAAGACGCCCCCCCCCCCCCCCCCCCAGCUCAGAAGCGUGGACUUGUGGGUAAUUGGAGCCUCAGGAACUCGAAGGUGAACAUAUGAGAAGAACAGGAACAGAGAUUCAGUUUGUUACGUGCAGACGAGGAGGAUUUUCAGGGACGUGAUUGGAGAGGAGACAGAAUGAGAAAGGUUGUGUAGCUUUAUUUGUGUUGUUGUUUGUGAACAUGUGAGUGAAUCACACUCUUGUGUUGUGAACUUGUGAAGUUCGGCUGUUUGCACUAAUUAAUUAUCUUGGAUUCAUUUAUUUUAUUUCCUGUUUGAUUUGAACCUGUUUUUAGUUUUGAAGCUUUUUCAUGAAUCAAAGUUUUAUUCACAAAUUCACUACAAGUCUUUUCUGAGCUUUUUGAGCUUUUUGAACUUCUGAGCUUUGCAUCGUGUUUUGUUGUGUCGACACUUUUUCACUUUAUAUUUUAUAAGCUCAAUAAACUCAAACCACUUCCAUCGUGUUA